AUGGAGGAUAGAAAAGGGAGAACUAAUUCCUAUUCUGUGAAUUCAUCGAAUGGAUCGGAGAGUGGACUGACUGCUGACAAUAGCCUAGUUCACCAUGGUACACUUACCGUACUCACCGGCACUGUAUUUAUUAUUGGUGAAGUAGCCGGAGGAGGUAUAUUAUCAUUACCACACGCGGUGGCUGAAGCUGGUUGGUUAGGUCUGCCAUUAAUAGCGCUGUGUUGUGCAAACGCUGGUCUCGCGGGUAUAUGUUUAGCUAAAUCAUGGCUCAUAUUGGAGGAGAGAUAUCCGGAAUACAGAGUUGGCUUAACUCGCAAACCAUUUUCAACAAUAGGCUACAAAGCAUAUGGAACUUGGGCAAGUGUGGCCGUAUCAUUAGCGAUGAACCUGACCCGAUUUGGCACGAGUGCCGCAUUCCUGUUAAUAGUGUCUGAGCUGUUACAGGGAGUGAUGGCCGGCCUAAACGCUGGCAAAGCCAUGAAUGUGGGAAUCUGUUCGUGGGUUCCCGUUGUGGGCAUAACCCUAACGCCGUUCAUGUGGUUGGGAUCGCCGGCCGACUUCUGGCCCGCGGCCUACACCGCGAUGUUGUCCACUAUUUUGGGCAGUAUUUUGCUGCUAAUCAGUCUCGUGAAUGAGGCCAAGAAAAAGGUGACGGAAACCGUGUAUCUGAUGCCGACGUUUGAAAACUUUUUCAAAGCCUACGGAAAUAUCCUCUUCGCCUUCGGAGGCGCGAGCGCUUUCCCUAACUUUCAAAACGAUAUGAAAGAGAAGGAAAAGUUUCCCAAAGCAGUGAUAUUUGGUUUCGGAGGUCUGUUAAUACUGUACAUAACAAUGCCGGGAAUGGGGUACGGGGUGUACGGACAGGACGUUCACGACAACAUCAUCGCUGAUCUGCCCAACACUGGAUUGACGACAGCUAUUAUAUUCUGUUUUCUAAUCCAUUGUUACUUCGCUUUCCUUAUUAUAAUAAAUCCGGUUUUACUUGAAUUGGAAGAAAUGCUAAAUAUUCCCAAACAUUUCAACGCAAAGCGAUGUAUAUUCCGGACAGUAUUGAUGGCGGCGUUGAUAUUCGCGGCGAUGUCUGUGCCGUCCUUUGGGGUAAUCAUAACACUGAUCGGCGGCACAACCGUAACGCUCAUGGCUUUCCUUAUGCCACCAUUUUUUUACUUCAAACUCUGUGCCGAUCGCUCUGAUAGUGAAUGGCCCGAGAGGCCUCGUAUCGCCGGACUCAUCACUAGAACCCGCCUGUUAUCAUUAGUUGUAAGCACUGGAUUGGCCCAGAAGUCCAAAGUGAAUCAAGUGUUGGCUCAAAAAACAGUUGGCUAUGAAUCGGGUGGAGAAACGUUUAGAUCGGAUCAGAAACAGCGCACAGCCGUCGAGUCGAUGUCCGAUCUGAACGCAAGUCAAGGCCAGAAAUCCAUGUCUAAAAACAAAGUCGGGGGCAACAAACGCACGGCAGCGGCCGGCGCUCAACAACAGGACGUUUUCAAUGAUGGAUUACAGGUCCAACAAAAGCAGAGGCAAAAAUUGGAUGGCAUUUUCGGAAUCAUCUAG